AUAUCCGUUGCUUGUUUUGUGUACUCACACAAGUUUUUUUAAAUUUUGUUUUAAUUUAAAUAAAUUCUUAUUUUGUUUUUAAAACAUUCUCUUUUUAUGGAUUAUUUUAUUUACAUAUAUUAAAUAUGUAAAAUAAAAUGUCUUCUGAGAAAAUGAUAAAACCACCAGCGUCUUGGAAGAAAGCCGCCAGCUCCUCCAGCGCCAGCACAUCAAUAAUUCCUCCCAUUGCCAUCACCACAGCCGCAGCUACUAAAAUCCGAAAUUGCAAUAACCAUGAAGAUGAAAAUUUAAAUGAAAAUGAAUUUCCUCCAUCAGCAAGAAGAAUUAUUCCAAAAUUAAGUUCAGGUGCGUCAACUGUUGCAGCGGCAGCCGCAAUACGAAGUCAUAGUCCCAGAAAGAUGCAAACCCAAACAGCUAAACUAGUUUACAAUCCAUCAAUGACUACGACAAAAUCUAAUCGAGGAGAUGAUGUGAAUGAAACUGAAAAGACUGUCAUAGCUUCGGCUGAAGUUGGGGAAUUCCAAAAGAAACGACUUGAUCGUGAUAGAGAAGUCAAAGAAAUCCAAGAAAUGCUCAAUGAAAUCACAAAGACCCCAACAAAGCCCAAGAAACCAAUUGAAGGAGAAACAUCUCCGCCAAAAGUUGUUGCUGUUGGAGUUGCGGCAAAAAAUUCCCCACCAAAACAGCCACCAGCGAAUACCAUCCAGAGAAGCAAGACUGAUACGAAUUUACGACGUCCUACCGCUCGAAAAAUUCAACCCAGACAAGAAUCUCAAGCAACGGCACGUUGUAAAUCAGCGCAUGUAGAAGAUAAAAGCAGUCCGCCGAAACUACGGCAGAAGGCCUAUAGUUCGGAGGAAGCUCAGCGUUAUAUGCAGGAACAGAAGAAGAAGCGGAGAUCAUUGCAAAUGGUAAUGCAAGGUCCACUUUCGAAGCAAGCAAUCGAUAAAGAUGAGAUCAAGAAGCGCUUGGAGAACCUCAGGCAGAAUACUCGUAAGAUUGUGGAUAAGAAUGUGAAGAUAGCCAAAAAGAAAGCCGGCGGCGGCGGCACAACAGAAGAUAAACCACCGCCGACGUUGGCGGUGCCUCGUCCAAGACAGGAAGACAUAAGAAACAGGUUGAAUAAGGAAAUGGAUGUUCCUUUGACGACCAAGGCAAUCGAAGCCUGGCCAGAGAGGGUAUUGAAACCACCAGCAUCAUCGCGUCGUAGCCAUGAGGAGUACGAUGUGGUAAGGAGUGAUGUUCCCAAUGACACAGAAAUACCUGUUAAAACCUCCAGAAUAGAAGCAUGGGCAGACAAAACUAGACUUGGUAAGUCGGUGAAGUCGCCUGGAAAAGAUAACCGCCAAGAUCCAAGUCCUUUGGUCGAGAACUGCAAAAAGAUUGGGCUUCUAAGGAAGCCUGAAUUCAAAGAUCACUCUUUCAGUGCUAUAAAAGACAUACAGAUGGACAAAGAGAAUCUUAUUGCAGAUAUCCACACUCCCCAGAUAUCAGGACUUCCGACGUCCAGACUAGUGGCCGAUGGAGAAAAACUUCUAUCAAAUGCCAUAACACCUCAAACCUUAGGACAACCUUCAAGUACGAGGCUCUCGAGUGGGGAGAGUGCCCGCCAACAGACAUCAUCAAUAAGCAGCUUCAAGAAUUCAGAGGGUCAAAAGUUAUCGGAAUCCAGUUUGUAUGGGGCCAGAAGUUUAAAGAGAAGAAGCUCUCCAGAGUUAGAUUUGCAAGUUCCUGAAGCUAAAUUGCGAUCAAGGACAUCGGUACGUGAAAAAUCAGUCCAAGCUGACAGCACCGCCUUAGGAUCUUCAAAAGGCGUGAAGAAAAAUGCAGACCUUCCAUACUGGUUGAAGCCAACUCUAGUUCAAGCGUAUCCCUAUAAUUUCAUUAUGGCAGUUCGUAAGAAGCUUGAAGCCAUAGCAAAUCCUCCAGCUGUGGCGUCGUCUUCCUCCUCAUCCAUGGAGCAGCGAGUGGCAAAGAAAACAGCCACAGAAACCCCUGUCUCCUAUCAAAAAGCCAGCAGGAGCAACAAUGUCAAACGGCGGAUCAUUGAUAUCGAAAAUGAUAGAUCCCUCGAGAAGUCAUCAUCGAAUAAGGAAAACAUUGGCACUCCAAGGCUUUCAAAAAGUUUCUCCGAAGUCACAUCGAAUUUCAGUUCAAUCUCAAUAAAGCUUCCAGCAUCGAAUCACACAAUCAGCAAUCAUAAAGGGGAGCCGCAGGAGCAGGAGGAAAUUGUCGACGAUGAUGCCACAACAGUCUCCAGUUCGAUAUUCUCGAGCCCAGAAAAGAAGAAGAAUUUCAAUGGAAGAUCGAAAAAUCACCAACCAGAAGCACUGAGUCCACUCUCGAUGGACAACAUUUCAAAUUUGCACAUCAAGUCGAAAUCAAUGAUGAGCAACAUUACUUUGGGACGAGGAGAUGACUUUGAAAACUAUUCAUCCCAGCGGAGUAGAAGUGGGAAAUCAGAUUCCAUAACGAAUAGAUCAGAUGCCAGUGUGGACUUCAGCCAACUUCUGGACGACUUCAAUCGCAGUUUGUCGCAAGUUAUCGAAGUCAAUCAGCAAUUGAAGACAACUUUGGUGAAAUCGCAAAUAUUCAGUCCAGAAAAGAAGGGUUCCUCCGUUUUGACAACCAAUCGGGUGGAACUGCCGGAAUAUGUGUCAGAUUUUGAGGAGUCAUCAAAUGCCGGUGAUCAGAAAUCAGCAUCCAUCAGGGAAGCCCAUGGAACUACUCAAUCGGGCAGUAGUAUCCAUGAGGUUCAGGAAUCCCCGAAACAAUCAUCAAGUGAAAUACAUACCCAGAAAUCAUCUUCUUCGGCUUCUUCUUCAAAUGAAGAAGUUCCAGAAGAAGAACAAGAUUCAUUAAAAAACUCUCAUUCCCGACGUUCGUCGAUAAAAUCGCCACUUACUCUGGGAACACAAACAUUCAUUGUGUCGUCAUCUGAGGAAAAAGCACAAAAUUCAACUCAAACUCAAACUAUUCACGAAGAAGCCAUCGAGGACUCACCGCAGAAGGAGAACAUGUCAGGAAAUCAGUAUUCCUUGGAUUCAUUGGAACAGGAGGAAGAGGAGACGGCGACAUCGCAGCAUGAGGAAUAUAUCAAGAGUCAUAUAAACACUACGCGUGGAGAAUAUGAACCAAUGGAAUUAUUAUCAGCCGGUCCACCACCGCCAAGUUAUAAAGUCUCCUCGGAAUCUCAAGCCCGCUCCUCACCGAAUUUCAUAAAUAACUCCUCAAUGGACAGUGAAUUUGUUCGAAUAUUCAACAAGUCGGAUAUGGAGAUAUCUGUUCUGUCCAUGAAUAGGAGUUUAUCGGAAUCCACAGUUAAUUACUCAAGCAUUGGAAUGUAUGAAAAACUUAUUCAAAAUGAAACGAAUAAGUCGGAACAUUUGGCGGCUUUGCUUAAAAUGCGAGAGAAAGCGUUAAUCGAUCGGACUAAGGGUCAAAUAGCUUGGUUAGAGGUGCAGAAGGAACGGUACAAGUCGAAGGGUUUGAUUUUGCAGAUAUCUGCCGUGAAGAAGAAACAAAGAGGAAUUCUUUUGAAAAUGGAAAAGGAGAGGGAGGAAAUCAAAAAACUGCUGCAGCGAGCGAAAGUUCAGCGAGACGACAACAAACUACGAAUCCCAGAAAUUCGUCCCUUCUCGGAUGUGAGUUUGUUGCAACAGCGUCGUUCAGGACUCCAGGUAUCAUCGACCUCACAACAAAAACAGCAGCAGCAGCAUCAUCGUCAUCAACAACAACAACACCACAAUCACAGUAGUGCUCGAUCGAAGUCCUCCUCGUCGGCCAUUGUGAGAGGCUACGAAUUAGAGACGAGUCGUAGUUUGGAGCAAUUGUUGCAGAAACGGGAAGAGGAUCUGCGCCGGAGGCGAGAGCAUGUAGAACGACUGAUGGAAUGGCAUCGUCGUUUAGAUCAGGAGGAGGCCGAAGUUCUUCAGCUUGAAAGAGUUUUACUCGACUAUAAUAAUGUACAUGUCCAGCAGCAGCAACAACAACAGCACCAGCAACAAAAUGAUAUUGUCGCUGUCCAGGAGAGAAAUCCCAACCAAACCAAAAUGGAAAAGAAGCUCAAGGACAUCGAUCGAAGUCUGCGAGAGUUGAGUAGCAUUUCCGGAGCCGAUGGUGGGAGUACAGAUGCUGGUGUGAGAGUGGGUUCUGGGGGAGAAUUUGUUCGUACAAGUGGCACAAAAUUAAAUAAGCUCUGGCGUCGCCUAACAAGUCAACGAAUCGAGAAAUUCCAACCCAAUAAGCGAUACAAAUUGUGCAAAGCCGAUGUGGAACAACUCUACGAAGACGCCAAAUUGGCGGUGUUGCAUGAUUUCGGAGAGAAUGCCAACCAAAUGCAAGUAUUCCUGAGCCAAGCGUCAAUUAUCAGUACUACCCCACAGCCAUCUAUAAAUCACAGCAUGGAAAUACCACAAUUGAAUUUGAAUUUCAGUUCGGACGGUCAAUCUUGUGAAGAGGAGGAUGUGAUGAUGCAUGGCAACUAUAGUCCGAGUGCAGCUGAGGAGGAGGAGGGAGGGAGAUUAGCCAUGCCAUCGACAUCUAGUCAAGAUGGUCUAUCUGAUGAUUCCAGUUUGAGAAGGAAAACAACAACAAGUCGUAAUUCUUGUUCUUCUUCGUCGUCUGCUAAGCAAUCCAAAUCCUUAUCCGGAGAGCGUCAUAAUGCGAAUGGUCAAAACAACAGAUUAGGAAGUUUUCCAGAAGUCGAAGAGUCAACUCUAUCGAAAGAAGGACUUCAGAAACUCUCGUCAGAUGCGAAUUCCAAAUCGAAAUUUAGUCAAAGUCCAAGUGUUUCGGGAAUUUCCAUUAACUAUGUCUUGAGUUCUAAGAACGAUCCAAGUGAUCUUAGAGUCACAGAAACCGAUCCAACAAAGGACAGCAGCGAUAAAUCCAAGACCGAAAGUCUGCCUAAAAUUGAUUCCAAUUCAAAAUCAAAAACAGAUGAUGACAUAGUCGACGCAAAGAGCAGCGGGUCGUUAUCCAGAAGCAACGAGAGAGGUGGCAUCUCUAAAGAAAUCGAAACAGAAGGAAGUCAUAGAAAAACUUCUCAAAUAAAGAGUGACUCUGUCUUGACGCGAAAUGACUCAAAUACGCUUGGAAAUACAUCAAAAACUAUUGAAAGUAUCGGAGACUUAGCAAACUCAAACAGUUCGGCCAAAAGUACAUCCCAUUCUUUAUCAGAUUUUACUAAAGGUAGUGCUCAAGAAAUUAGUGUUUUUGACAUCUCAAAAAAUGCUCAACUAAGUUCUGAAAUUGGAACAAACAAGUCGAGUUCCAGUGGCAGGAUAAAAACAAUGGAAAGUGAUAGCACUCAAAUGAACUUGCCUAAAAGUAGUUCAUCAGAAAUUAUCAGAACUGCGAGUCAUCAGAUAAAUUCCACUUCUCAAAGUGUAUCGGAAUUAAUUUCAAAUAUUUCCAAGAACUCAUCAGAAAACGUGCGUGAAAUCAUAGAAAAUGUAUCAAAUCUUAAAACUCCAAUUGAGAGUCUAAAAACAACUAAUUCUAGUUCAAUUAAAAGUCAAACUUUAACAAACGCCUCCUCCCUUCCAAGUUCUUCAAUGAAAUAUGAUUCGCUGCCCUCGGAUUUCGAAGUCAAAAUCGAAGAAAACCCGAGUGAAAAUAAAAGUUCACCAAAAACACAAACAGAAAGUAGUAAAAUCCUUACAGAAACCUCAAGAAAUUAUGAGGUUAUUCGAAGCACUGCACCUAAACCAGCAAAAUCAUCUUCUGAAGAAUGUGCCACAGUCUCAAUACUGAAAUCCCUCUUGAACAGUACCUACAAUAAUAGUUCUAUUAUUUUCGCUUCAAACCAAGUCAGUGACAUUGAAGCUCAACUCCGAACGAAUGGUCACGAUUGGACAACGAAUAACCCAAGCCAAGCAAAGCAAGAAGACAAAGAAGAUUCCCCCCUUCGAACAGAAUCAUUAACUUAUCCACCCGAUGAAACCACUUUAAGAAGUAUUAAAUCCAUUGAUGACAAUAGUACAAAUUCAAAACAUUCAACAGAUCCAAUUUCAAAUCAAAAUCCAAUAAAUCAAAUCUCAGAUCAAGAAGAAGAAAAACAAGAAGUAGAAGAAGAUGUUCAUAGCAAGAACCACCAACACCACCACGAAUCGUACUCAUCUGCAUUUGAAGAUUCAGUCAGUUCCAAUUCAAAUUCGAAUUCAAAUCAAAUACGCUCGAGCGUAAUAAUGAGUAUUAAAACGCCUCCAUUUCAGGUCGAUAUUGAGUCUGAACCACUUACGAAUGCAUUUUACGAAUCCGACUUCACGGAAGGCGAAGAAACCAAUAUUGAUGAUUUAUCUUUGCCGAAAUUCGAAACAACUGCCGAGGAAGAGGAGCACCAGCAAUUUGGUGAAUCUCCAUCCAAGUCACAGUCAGUUUCAGCGUCAGCGUCGGAGAAUGCUUCCGAUUUUGAGAAACGUCUAAUAAACCUCGAUGUAAGUCUCAAGGACUUAGAUGCAACUUUUGAGAAGGCGCUUAGUCCUGAAAAGGCACUUAGUCCACCUCGUGACGAUGACAGCAAGAGAAAUCUAAAUCAACAACAGAACGAUAAUGCCCUGAUGCCGGACAUUAUAAGCGAAGUUGAACUACGACGUCGUCAUCAAGCUAUGCUUGAAAAUGAGUUAAAGCAAUUUGAACACGCUGUGCCUUAUAUGUACGUCCGGGAGAUACCGAACAAGCCACCGCCUCCAUAUGUACCUCCUGCCCAUGGCAGUCCUAUGACAACAAUAUUCCCAUCCGAAGAACGAAUCAAAGAUAUCACCUUUCGACGCACCAAGGAGUUAUAUUGUGAGAUUCUUAAUAUAGAUACAAAAGAUGACCUUGGAAAGAAACCACCCUCAGUGCUGGACGAGAAUAUAACAAACAUUUACGAGAGAAUAAUUUUAGAUAUCUGCAAAGAAUAUCUAACCGAAUACAAACCAAUUCUAACCUCAGCCGAUCCAAAUAAUUUCCAUAGUUCCUUGGCCUUCUUCAAUCCGCCCGAUCGUCUAAAAUGCAUGCAAGAAUUUAUUUACAAAGAAGUGAGAAAAAACCUGGCCAUGGAUAAGAAUCAACCAGAAAAAAGUCAAUUAUAUUCGGUCUAUGGACAUCGGGGAAAACGGGAUCAUGUGGGAGAGAUAAUCUUCCAGGAGAUGUUUGAAGAGGAUAAUAUUUGGAGUAAUUUUUAUGUCGAAGAAGAAGAAGUUCUGGAAUUGAUUAUAGAUGAGAUUGUGAAUGGUGAGGUGAGAGAUAUUUGCAUGGCAGUGUUGGAGGAGAAUGAAGUCGGAAGGGAGGGUUCGAUUACACCAACUCCAACUUUAAAUUCAACGGCAGAUGAAAGCGCGGAAAUGUGUUGUAAUAAUAGUACUUAAAUGUUUUUAUUAUUAUUUUUUUUUAUAAUUUUCUAUGUUAACUUAUGAAUUAGUUUGCGUUUUUUUUUAAAUUAUUAGUUUAAGUUUGUUUUUGAAUUUUAAGAAUCUUUUCCAUGAUUUUUUAUUGGAAAUACAAGUCAAAAAUGAAA